CCGGAGCCGGGCCCGGAACUGGGCGCGGUGCUGGAGGCCGUGGAGGGGCGCGGCGGCGGUGGCGCCGAGGCGGUGGAGCGCGUCCUGGCGUGGUACAACGAGGAGAAUCGGGCCACUUUCAGGUUUGACCCUGCAGAUGAAGACAAAAGAAAGAAACUGUGUGAAGGAAUUCUAAACAUCCUUGAAAAAGACACAAAGACUUCAUGUCAAGUUGCCUGUCUGGAGGCCCUCCGGAUUCUCUCCCGGGAUAAGAAGGUUUUAGUGCCUGUAACCACAAAGAGGAACAUGCAGAUCCUUAUGAAGCUAGCAAAGCUGGACACUGUGGAAGAUCCACUGGAGAGAGUAUCUGAAUUUCCUGUGAUAGUAGAAGCCUUAAAAUGCCUCUGUAACAUAAUUUUUAAUAGUUCAGUUGCACAGAAGCUCAGUUUGGAACUGAAUCUUGCAGCAAUGCUCUGCAAUCUUCUGCAGAAAUGUAAGGACCGGCAGCUUGUUGAUGACAUUAAAUGCUUUGAUUUGCGUCUCCUCUUCCUCUUGUCGCUUCUGCACACAGAUAUUAGAGCACAGCUGCGUCAGGAGCUACAAGGGGUGCAGGUUUUGACUCAGGCUUUGGAGAGUUCCCUGAGUGUAAGAUGGACAGAAGAGUAUAAGGCAGCAGAAGAUCGUGACAGGCUUCCUCUAUCUUUGCAAGAGACAGAUUGUGCCAUUGAGGCACUAAAGGCUCUAUUUAAUGUAACACUUGACAGCUGGAAUGUCCACAGCAAGAAUGAAUCUCAUCAAUUUCGUUACAUGGCUGCCAUCCUUCGACACUGCUUAUUAACCACGGGCCCUACCGAAGAAAAAACUGAAGAGUUGCACAGCAAUGCAAUCAACCUCUUAAGCAAUGUUCCUGUUUCUUGCUUGGAUGUUCUUAUUAAUCCAUCGUCCCAAGAGGAAACAGAUAUAAAAUACAAUGGUAUGAAUAUGGAAGCUAUUCAGAUUUUACUGGAUUUCAUGGAGAAGAGAAUAGAUAAGGGAAGCAGCUACAGAGAAGGUCUGACUCCAGUUCUUAGUUUAUUAACUGAAUGCUGCCGAACUCACCGGAAUAUCAGGAAGUUUAUCAAAGCUCAGGUACUGCCCCCAUUAAGAGAUGUCUCAAACCGUCCUGAAGUUGGCACAACAGUGAGGAACAAACUCGUCCGCCUUAUGACACAUGUUGACCUUGGAGUAAAGCAAAUUGCAGCAGAAUUUCUUUUUGUUCUUUGUAAAGAGAGAGUUGAUAGCUUGUUGAAAUACACAGGCUAUGGUAACGCAGCAGGAUUGCUGGCAGCCAGGGGCCUGCUAGCAGGAGGAAGAGGAGAUCAUUGGUACUCAGAUGAUGAGGAUACAGACACAGAAGAAUACAAAUCUGCAAAGCCAAACAUUAACCUUAUCACUGGUCACUUAGAAGAGCCAAUGCCCAAUCCAAUGGAUGAAAUGACAGAAGAACAAAAAGAAUAUGAAGCAAUGAAGCUUGUCAAUAUGUUUGAUAAACUUUCCAGAGAUGAGCUCAUAAAGCCAAUGGGAGUGCGGCCGGAUGGGACAAUGGCUCCUUUGGAGGAAGCAGUCAGCCAGUACCAUACCAGCAAGCAAGAGAGCUCAGAUUCAGACUAAGGCAUCACCUGCUUUACUCUCAAUUCUCCUCUAAUCCACACUUCUCCUUAGAGCCACAUCUUUUAUCCUCACAGUAGCCAGCAUCACUUUAACUGUUCUAUUAUUGGCAUAUUUAAAUGAUGGGUCCUGUGGUGUAAUGUCUGAAUUUUUAUUAUGUUUGUUUAGAGAACAUAUCAAUUUAUUAGUUUAUGAUCUUUAUUAAUUUAAAAUGAAAUGUAUUUCAAAAGGAUAAAAAGUGAAAGCCUACAGUGUAAAAUAAAGUCCACUUUCAUUUUCCAGAAUCUUGUUUUCUGAACUCUGUAGGUUUUCCCAUUCUUGGUAAUCUUUUGUAUUGUCUUGCCAGUCUUCCUCUUUAUAUAAUUGUAUUAAUGAAGUGUGUUUACUUAAUGGCAUUAGGAGCAGAGGGUGUUUACACUUAAAAGUCUGAUUGACCUUGUGAGGCUGCUUUAGCUGGCAUUGAGCAGCGAUUUCAAAGCUCCCGUUUUUGAAGUGCCCUGGGGUUUCUUACUGCUACAAAACUUUUCCAGUUAAGCUGCUGCUUAAGAUUUUAACAAUGUGUCAGUGACAGACUGCUUCUAAAACUGCCUUUAAAUUGGGAAACAAGACGAUGGAUUUUGUAUGUCUUCCUUCCCUCCCUGGUUAAGACCACACGAAUAUACCUCCUCCUCCCCUCUUUGGUUAAGUAAAAACAUCCCUACUGAAAAUGGUGUUCAGGAAUUGCACUUAAAUGAUGCCAUGAAUGGGAGGGGACUGGAGUGCAUGUGCCAGUGUUUCACUGCUUUGGGGCCUACUUUUGGAGAUUAACUUCUAUGCCUCUCUUGAAGGGAAGUCAAACUAAUCAACAAAGAAAUAUUUCCUCUUAGAGAGAACUUGGGAAGCAAUGGAAUAGAGAAUGGGAGGGUGGAAAGGAGAAGAAUGCGUCACUUUCAAUUCUGUACUCUUUAAAAACAAAGAUUAAAGUUUUAGGCGUGCUGCA